CAGUUACCAAUCACCAUCUCAUUUAGCUAUUGACCACUCUCUGGGGAAAAAUGAACUGGAAACACAUUGCCGUAUGCCUCACUAUCGCUGUAGUCCUUUGCGUUGCAGUUGCGACGGUUCCGCCCACAGGAUUCAUUUUCUACACCAGCAUGAGUGCAGCCAGUAUCACAGCUAAAACGCUUCUUGGCUUCUUACCAAGUGGCACCCCGGCAAGGACCCCGAAAACCAGCCAUCAACAUCGCGUCCAACGACGCUAAGGACGCCCAACGGCGCCCAAAGAACCCCUUCAACCCCCUCAACACCAACACCAACCCACCUUAGACCAUGGCCCCCAACGAGGCCAUGAACCCAACUCCUCCCCCAGCCUCCGCCCCCACGACACGUGGUGCCCGCCUCAGAACAACGGCAAAGGCACUAUUCGUACCAAGCAAAUCAAUAGAAGAGCACCUAGCAGGAACCGGCAUACGCACAGACAUCGUCACACUAGCAUCAGCAAGGAAACAACUCAGCACGAACGGCAUGACCAUAUCAACCGCCGGCGGCACCGUCAAGCAUCUAAUAGGCGCCAUAUUUGAACUGAGCCUAACGCCCGCCCUUGGAGCAACGCAUUCCGAAUCCUUAAGAGCCAUCGCAAUCAUACUGAACGAAGUUGAACAGACCAUCGACACCAAUAACAUAAUAGACAAACUAUCCGCGCUCCUAGGAGGCCCAGUCGCAACUUUGGACGAAAAAGUAGACACCCUCGCGACCCUAGCAGACACACACGCAGCCGCACUGGAAGAAGCGGCGACAAAGGUAAGCAAACAGUUAGAAGAAUCAAUUUUAGGACUCGGAGAGGUGGUCGGAAGCUCCUUCCAACCAACCAACAUCCACAAACCGCAGAACACCCAUGGCAACAGCGGGUCUGACGGACCACGCUCAUACGCUGCCGCAGCCAAGAAAGGCGUCCCUGCCCCACUAACGAAACUUUUAUCCCGUAGCGAAGCACAAUCCCGGCAAAUCCUCAUCGACAGAAGGUCCUUCCAGGCAACCAACGAACUCAAAGACCUUACAGAAGUCCAACUGGUCGCCAAAGCAGAGCUUGCACUGGAGCUCAUGUCAAAAGCAGGAACCAAACUCCCCGAGAACACGUCGGUACUCUCCGCAAGAAAACUACCACACGGAGGCAUCCUGUAUGAACUCAAUGCCCCAGGAUCAGCCGAAUGGAUCAGUAUCCCAGCGAACAGAAGCAACUUCCUCAACCACUUCGGUACCGACAUUGUCAUCAAAGACCGUGCAUUCCACCUCCUCCUAGAGAACGUCCCCAUCUCAUUCGAUCCCAACUCACAAAUCACCCUAGCGGAAGUGGAACGGAAAGGUGGCCUGAGUCAGGACGACAUAGUCAAAGCCCGCUACAUAAAGCCCAUAACAAGACGUAACCCCAGACAGAGAACCGCUCACGUCGCAUUGACCCUGAAGUCCAAAACGUCGGCCAACCAGAUCAUCCGUUUCGGCAUAUCGAUUGAGGGGAAGAAAGUAUAUGGCCGCAAACUACUCCCAGAACCCUCAAGAUGCCUCAAAUGCCAAGCGUUCGACAGCGGCCACAUCGCAGCAAACUGCCCUCAAGAACACGACACGUGUGGCACCUGUGGAGCUGACCACCGCACAGCCAGCUGCGCCGUAGACAUCCAGGACCUGUAUCACUGCGCGAACUGCGAAACAGACGGCCACGCAUCAUGGAGCCGCGACUGCCCGGUGUUCAUCGCCAAAGGGCAAAGACGUAGAUCAAAGAACGAGGAGGCCAGAUACAAAUACUUCCCUACAGAAGAUCCUCUCACAUGGGACACUAUCGAAGGUGAGUCCAGCAACCACGACACUGAUUUCUCUCCCCCACAGUACCUACAUCAAGAAAUCAACACUGAAUGGAAGACCGUCCACCACCGCCGACACCCAAUCCAAAACUACGACCAGCAAGAGCCCGCCCCCCGGCCCCCAACAGGAACGCAAACGAGACUCACUGAUAGAUGGCCGAACCACCAAACAAGAACCCAUCCCAACCCUCAGACCGCAACCUCGCCCAGAAUUCAACAAGCCUCCCAAAGGUGGUCAUCCCCCCCAUCAUCCAUCACCUCAACCCCAGACUACCACACCGCGAUGCUAUCGGACAGCAAUGAAAACCUCCCAGGAUGGAACUAAUGAUGGACGAAACCCACCAUACCAGCGCCAGAGACGACUUCAAAAUCUGGCAACAGAACCUUAGAAAAUCGCUCAAUGCCUGGGAACAUCUGUUACAUAGUCUCAAUCCAGACGAGUAUGACCUAGCCUGCAUCCAAGAACCCUACCUCAACGCCGUCAAUCUUGCCAAUGCCUCAACUCUGGGCCGUUUCUGGGACGUCAUAUACCCCUCGAACCACCACUCCAAUGCCGAACGCUCCCAGAC